AGCGUUCCAAGGAUGCACUAGGGCGAAGUGCAAGUGUGCAUUCGGUCUGAGGCUCAUUUAAAUAGUAAAGGAUAAUUAGUUAGGCAAGAAAUUCAAGUCGACCAGUGCAACACGAAUUUGAUACACGGACAGGUAACCCAAGCAUCUCUCAUUGUCCGUCCCAUUAGCAUAAACAUAUAUAUAUAAGUUGUCAGUGGAUGAGAGACGCUACCACGCACAGCCUUACCUCUGGAUCAGCGCGAGGAGAAAUCUUCACAGUUUGAAUAUGUCACUUACUUCCAUCCUCUCGGCUGAAGCCAUUGAAAAUGCUGUCAAAGACUGCCAAGCUCCAGACUCCUUUUGUUAUAAAAAGUUCUUCCAACUUUGUGGCCUGAGCCAGAAGACUCCCCAAGAGGUGAAGGAUGUCUUCGGCAUCAUAGAUGAGGAUAACAGUGGAUUUAUUGAGGAGGCUGAGCUCAAGUUCUUUCUCCAACGAUUUUUCCCGGGUGCACGAACCCUGACAGAAAAGGAGAUCAAGAGCCUCCUUACAGCUGCAGAUGAUGAUAGCGACGGCCGGAUUGGAGUAGACGAGUUCCAGACUAUGGUGUUAUCCUGAAAGAUGACUGGAGCCCUCAGUUAUAAACAGCCUCAUCUUUCAUUUGACUUUUUACACUUGAUUUCUUUUCAAAAAUAAAAAUCACCAAUGACCAAUGACAAAACUGUUCAGGGAAAAUAAAGUCACUAAACCAA